UCCCUCACCUCACGUUGAAACCGCCCACUCCACUCUCUCCCAUAAAUCUCUCCCCAAACCUAAACUACCCGUCAGCCAUCUCCUCUCUAAUAUAUAUUUUUUUUCUAAACCAUUCCCCUUAUUCUCACAUCUCUGCAACGCAACUCUGCAACGAGAAUUCAAGAAGUUUUCUUGUUGAAAUCCACGGCAGACUUCGAAGGGUGCCGAAUUCCUAGAUCAAUCCUAAUUGUGAAAUCGGAAUUUCCAGCUUCAAGAAUCUCCUUUCCAACCUUCUGAACUCCACAAGUCCUACUCACGGAGGUUUUAAAGGCGACGAGAAUAUGGUGGUGUUGAGCAAGUAAAUCGGAAAAUGAAUUGUUUAUCCUUGAAUUAUGAGUGUCGUUGUGUCUUCACACAUGACGUCACUCUCUCUCUUGGUCGUUUCCGCUGUGACAUUUCUUUUACUUACCAUUUAUUGGGCCUUCAACUCAAAUUGUUUGGAUAUUGAAUAUUUGGGAUUUUGUUGGAUAAUGUCAACUCUUGGUCAUUUUCUUUAAAUAUUAAUUGUAGGUCAAACUCAUUAUCUAAACCCUAGUUCUCUUCGUCUGAUUAUUAAAUUCUUUUAAUCACGAUCGCCCGUAUUUAUUAAUCCUAAAGGACGGUCGUGACACUAGGAGUAUUAAUUUAUAUUUUAAUUCUUAUUAUAGUAGGUGGUACUAUAAAAUUAGGAAAGAAAUAAAAAAGAAAACGAGAUUUAAUCUGUUUAUUAGAGGAUUCAUGUUUAAAUCACGAUUCAAAAGGACUCGAUGCUAUAUUACAAAAACUCAAGCUUCCACUCUGCGUGGAAAUUGAAGAAUCUACGCCAUAUUUUCUCAUCCUGCUUCGAAAAUAUGAGAGCUUAUAGGAUUUACAGCUGCUUACAACACAGAGGUGUAAGGAGAAUAUGUUCUUCUUUUACUCUUUUUUCUCGCAUUCAUGAAUAUGACCCCUCAUCAAAACCGGGUCUUUAUGCCAUUCUUGGCGCCAUCAAUGCUACCUGCAUUUCUCCCAAACCCACAUCGUGUUUUGCGUCUAUCACCGCUUUUCGCCACUUACACGCCACUUCUUCUAUUCAUAACCACGACGGUGCUGAUGAAGCUUCAGAUGAAUCAAAUGGAGAAGUGGAACCAAUUGAUUCGUGGGAGGAAGAGGAUGAAGCUGAGCCUGAGGUUGGUGAUGGUGGAGGAGUUGUUCUUAACAAUUGCCCUUGGGGUGAGAAAGCAUUAUCUAUAGCUCAAGAAGUUCUUCGGGAGUUUAGUGAAGAGAUGCAGCUCUAUGCGUUCAAAACGUCUCCUCGAGGUUACAUCUAUGUGAGACUAGAUAAACUUUCAAAUGAAUACGGGUGUCCCAGCAUGGAUGAGAUUGAGGCUUUCAGUCGCCAAUAUAAGAUAUCAUUGGAUGAAGAAAUCCCAGAUGAUUUAGCUCUUGAAGUAUCGAGCCCUGGUGCAGAUCGGUUGCUGAGAGUACCGGAUGACCUGCUGAGGUUCAAGGAUAUGGCAAUGAUUGUCAACUAUUUGGAAGAUUCAGAUACCAGAUCCCCAGAAAAGGAAGUAGUGUACCUUCUCGACUCCAUUGAAACAGAGUCGAAAUGCUGUGUUUGGAAGCUGGCAGACGUGAGGGAGAAUCGAGACCCUGCAGCUAAGGGAAGGCCAAUGAGCCGCAAACAGAGAGAUUGCAGGCUAAAACUACCGUACCAUGUGAUAAAGCAGGUAAAACUUUACAUGGGUUUUUAGCGAAGGCAGUAAGUCUCUCAGUACACAAUUUUUUAGUGCAAAUCUACCAUGAAAUGUUUAACAAGAUUCAUGGGGCACCCUUCUUCCAGUUUUGAGUUGUAAUCCCUCAAAUUCCCGUGUCUCAUGAAUUGAUCAAUGAAAAGUUUUUAGUACUAUCUUAUA